AUGGACUGGGAUCGCAGAAGAUUUGAAGAUCGGAGAGGAGGAGAAAGUUAUCGCCCUGCUGAAAGACCUGGCCGCUCACCCUCCCGUGCAUAUGACAAUCGUCGACGCUCGCCACCACGCACUCGUUCUCCUCGACCCCGAAGUCGGUCUCGACCACAGGCUGAUACCUGGGUUCCGCCAUCCAGCAGAAGCUAUGGACGUCCGCGGAGUCGCUCUCCGCUACCAUAUCGGCGCCGCUCGCGCACUCCACCAGCACGAAACUUUGGUCCCACUCCUUAUGAAAGAAGGAGAUCUCCCCCAAGAAGGUUUUCACCCAGAAGAGACGACAGGAUAAGAUCACCGCCCCAAUCUUGGCGCUCGAAAUCGCCAUACAGUGAUGGGAGAUCGCGCGAUGUAUCCUGCGCUCGCACCAGCCCAAGGCGGCCUCGCGAUACAACUCCCGGUAGCCAGGCCCUCCGAUCUGCCAGGCGAGAUGCGCCCACAGCUUUUGGUUCCGAAAAGUUUCCGAAGCCCUCGUCUCCGCGAGCACAACCAGAUACUUCCUUCCCACAGAGCCCAUCUCAUGCUGCUCCCCGCCGAGAACCCCCGUUGGAGGGGACAAGCCACAACAGGGUUGUUACGCCAUCGAGACCGACCUCGCCUCCACCAACCAUGCCCGGUAGAGCAUCACGCCGCUCAUCUCCAGCCGCAGAGAAGGCGGUUUUCCCAUCCCAAGGGAACCGCAACCGGUCGCCAAUUCAUCCAGCACCCUCGCAACGCUUCUCGAAACCCUUAGGCCGAUCCCCCUACCGGGAUCCUCCCAACGAUACGGAUUCCUCUACCCCUCUAAAGCGAUCCGAACACCAGGAUCGGGUACCCGAUGUGCCUACUUCCCCUGCUUUAGGUUCCGACAAAAUGCACCAAGAUCAGCCUCAGUUCAGCAGUCCCAGACUCAGCGGAAAUAUCCCCACGCAACCGAAGAAUCAUAGCGCCAGUCCACUUUCGCAAACCCCCUCUGGGCCCUACCAGGGACCACGACCACCUCAUCACCAGCACCGAGGAUCUCAGAACAUUUCUCUACUGGCGGCGCCGACGCGCCCUCGCCGUGGACCUGGUUCGCGCGACCCUUGGCCAGGACCACCCUCGGCACGCCGUGGGUCGGCUGCUCCAUCACAUGGCCCUCCCGUGGGCCCUCGUGCGUCAUUCUCGCCGCCUACCGCCGGUGGGGGAGGAUUCCGACAGUCGAUUUCCCGCCAACCCAGCACUUCCUCUACAGCCCAGCCCUCAGUACACAAAGGAACGAACUAUCUAGCAGGGAUUGGCGCUCUCAUACCGGAAGGAAAGUGUCUCUCGUCCUUCCUGGAUCCCGCUGCCGAGAAGCGGUUGUCUCAACUUGAGGCCGAUAAAGAAAAGCUCCUCGAACAAAUCGCAGAAACGCAAAGAACCAAACGAGCGGAGCUUCGUGAUUGGGACCGAUUGGACCGGGAGAGUGCAAUUUGUGCGCUCAAAAGUGAGUUGGCUGAAGGACAUCUGCAACGAAUGGCCGAUGAGAGCAUUGGAGGCGGGAUCCUGUUCUAA